AUGGCCGAGUAUGACUACGGAGACUCCGGGUUCUUCAACGCUUCCAAUGACAGCAGCCAGGGGCAUGAACACUUCCUACAGUUCAGCAAGUUGUUCCUGCCCUGCAUGUAUUUGGUGGUGUUCAUCUGUGGCCUGGUGGGGAACUCCCUGGUGCUGGUCAUAUACAUCUUCUACCAGAAGCUGAAGAGCCUGACGGACGUGUUCCUAAUGAACCUGCCCUUGGCUGACCUGGUGUUCGUCUGUACUCUGCCCUUCUGGGCCUAUGCAGGCAUCCAUGAGUGGGUCUUUGGCAAGGUCAUGUGCAAAACCCUGCUGGGCAUCUACACUUUGAACUUCUACACGUCCAUGCUCAUCCUCACCUGCAUCACCAUGGACCGCUUCAUUGCAGUGGUUCAGGCCACCAAGGCCUAUAACCAGCAGGCCAAGCGGAUGGCCUGGGGUAAGGCCAUCUGCUUGUCCAUCUGGGUAGUUUCCCUGCUGGUUUCCUUGCCGCAGAUCAUCUAUGGCAACGUCCUUUACCUUGACAAGCCUGUCUGCGGCUAUCACAACGAGGAGAUUUCCACCAUGGUUCUGGCCACCCAGAUGACACUGGGGUUCUUCCUGCCACUGCUUGCCAUGAUUGUCUGCUACUCAGUCAUAAUCAAGACACUGCUUCAGGCCCGAGGCUUCCAGAAGCACAAGUCUCUGAAGAUCAUCUUCCUGGUGGUGGCGGUGUUCCUGCUGACCCAGACACCCUUCAACCUCGUGAAGCUCAUCCGCAGCACGAGCUGGGAGUACCACACCAUGACUAGCUUUCACUAUGCCAUCACAGUGACAGAGGCCAUCGCCUACCUGCGUGCCUGCCUUAAUCCUGUGCUCUAUGCCUUUGUUGGCCUGAAGUUUCGGAAGAACUUCUGGAAACUUGUGAAAGACGCUGGCUGCCUCCCUUACCUGGGUGUCUCAAGCCAAUGGAAGGGUUCAGAGGACACUUCCAGGACUGCUUCAGCCUCUCGCAACAUGGAGGCGACCAGCAUGUUCCAGCUGUAG